AUGCAUGCCGUAGCGUGGCGGACACUGCGCUCGGCGUCUCGAUCUAGGUCUCCUGCUCGGAUCGUCAGCGGCCGUCGAUAUCCUCUCCCACCGCGCAAUCGACACUUCAGCACUACCUCCCCCGCUGCGCAGACCUCGACUCCUCCGACCGACCCCCAAACCCCGACCGUCGAGCGUGAUGGCGAGCCUGAAAAGGACCGGGAGCCGGCCGCGGCGGCCGCCCCGGAGGAUGCCUCGCAAGACGCCGCGAAAUCCGAGGACCCUGAUAUCAUAGCGAAAAAGCUGCAGAAGGCCAAGGAGUCGGUACGGCACUACGGUUCCGCCUUGAAGCGUUCACAGCGUCAUAAUCGAUCCCAGGAUCUCCCACCCAUACACCUCCCGAGGUGGUUCUUGAGGCGGAACGUCGUGCUGAGCGAGGAACACACCUGGGGUAUGGAGGAAGUCAAGCACCUGAGAAAGAUUCUGUCGCGGUGCUCGUUGACGGUCACGGAUAAGAGGACUGGGGAAUUGUAUGCCGAUUUUACCUUCUCUACACCCUCUCUACGCAUCUUCAAUGUUUUGUACGAUAUAACAGCGCCAUGGAGGAGCAUAGCCGCUGGGACGCGACCGGAGGCGAUUGGAGCAGAAACAAAACAGAAGAUCAGAAAUCUGGUGGAAUCGUUGGAGAAAGAAGCCGGCGUCAUCUCAAAGGAUACCGACUUCUCGACAACAGGUGGUUACGAACGUGGCUUUAAAAACGCCUGGGAUAUUUCUGAAAAAUACAUCCAACAGUGUCAAGACAAGUUUAAAAAAUGGAACAAGUUCUCGCAUUUCGACGCAGUCGCCGACCUACACUACUCGGUUGAAGCUGAAAUAAAGGCGACGAUCGCCGGCUGCCUCCUUACUGUACAACCGGAAACGGGCUUGUCCUUCCCAUCGGCGAAGACCAACCUACUCUUACAUUCCCCGGCGGAAGGGAGCGAGCAGUUUUUGUUUGCGGUGGUCCAGUCAAUGGCUACCGAAUUCGGCGCUGAUAUUGUUACAAUCGAUGCUCAAGACCUUGCCGAGCUUGCUGGAGGCUAUGUAGGCGACAGCCCUGACCCAAUGUCCCAAUCAAUACGCUCGCUGGGCUAUGACACAUACCGAAUGAAAUCCGACCUCCAGGAAAGCAUGGAAUUCAUCGAAGAGAAUGAAGAAGGGCAAGAGGAAGAUGAUGCACCCGAGUCUUCUCCCCCUACUCUUGGGUUCCCCACUGGCAAACCAUUUUCCAGCGGGAAAGGAAACAUGAUACCCGGACCUGUGCACAUUAUAGACAUUCAGGGCCUCACAAAAUCGCCUAUUUUCAAAGCUUUAACAUCUGCGGGGAUUGGAGGCGGGCGCGAAAGGGGUAUUUUUACGCCCGCUCCGGGCUCCCCACGAGCCCCCUCGCAGAGCGAGGCGCAAUGGGAGGAUGUGAAGCUCAAUGCAUUACUGGAAGCUCUGGUUGAUGCCAACGAUAUCAAGAGAAGUAGACCCAGUGUGAAGAAGGUCGUCAGAAAGUCGAAAGACUCUCCUAAUUUCCAGGCCGGCGCGCCCUUCUUUUUCGACUCUGCCACACUGCAAGACCAGAAAGCGCAACAAUCGUCGGUCGAGCAACAUACCAAAGUCACAAAGGAUGAGGUGAGCACUGAAGUAAACUCAGACACUCCUAAAUCCUCAAAUCCUCGAUCGCCAUUUGAAGUCGAUCUAAAAAGUGCCCCCACACAACUAUCUUCCAUUCCAGGACGUAAGAUCAUCCACAUUAAAGACAUGAAAGAGCUUGGAGGUACGCAAAGGGGUAGUCAAAUCUUAGUAAAGUUGCAAGAGAUUGUUCGGAAACGAAGAAGCGAGGGCGAAAAUACAAUGAUUAUUGGCACCACAUCGUCCACCGAUCUAAUGCCAGAAUACUCGAAAGCUGGAGUCCGAAGCCUACAAGCUGAUCGCGAGAAUCCGGAAAGCUAUUCGAGGACUAUCGUGGUACCUUUCUUCCGAGAUACAGCCGGCCAGAAAAGGAUGCUUGCUGGUCCGUUUGUACCCGCCAAGAAAGAGGCCAAAGCUUCGAACUGGGCAGAGACGUCAAGGACUAUGGAUAUUAAUCUUCGCCAUAUUCAAGAUAUGCUGAGGUCUCUUGAUCCAGUGGCCUCCCACGAUCUCGCCGACCCCGAACAUCGUAUCAAGCUACCCUUCCGGACUAGUGAGCCUAAUGUGUAUCAGGAUAGAGUGCUUUUCUUUGACGAAGUCCACCGAAUUGCCUUGACUGCCAUUGGAAUCCACCGUUCGAAGGCAGACGGCUCCCAACUCUCUGCCGCACAUGUGUCCUUAGCUAUACAGCUUCUAGACAGCAGUGACGAGGCCAAAUUCUAUUGGGUCGCAUCUGAGAACAAGAUACGCGCAAAGGAUGGAAAAGAAUCAAAGGAAUCAACCGGUCCAACGGCGCAACAGGCCGACAGCAAGCACGAUCUCAUCAAAGCCAAAGCGAACAAACACGAAAAGAGGCUUCUCGGUGGUGUCAUUGAUCCCGAAAAAAUCAACACGACCUUUUCAGACGUUCACGCGCCAACCGAGACCAUCGAGUCUCUUAGGAUGCUGACUUCGUUGUCCUUACUAAGACCAGAAGCCUUCAAGUAUGGUGUUUUGGCCACCGACAAGAUUCCCGGUCUCCUCCUUUACGGACCGCCUGGAACUGGCAAGACGCUCCUUGCCAAAGCCGUGGCAAAAGAGAGCGGCGCGACCGUGCUCGAGGUCUCUGGUAGCGAAGUCUAUGACAUGUACGUCGGCGAGGGCGAAAAGAACGUGCGGGCUAUCUUCUCGCUUGCGCGCAAGCUUUCACCCUGCGUUGUCUUCAUUGAUGAGGCGGAUGCUAUUUUCGGCUCCCGCGAUGGAGGGAGACAGCGGACAAGUCACCGCGAGAUCAUCAACCAGUUCCUUAAGGAGUGGGAUGGCAUGAAUGAUCUCAGUGUUUUCAUCAUGGUUGCGACGAACCGACCCUUCGACCUCGACGACGCCGUACUAAGGCGUCUGCCCAGACGACUUCUCGUCGAUCUACCAACGCAGCUCGACCGCAAGAAGAUCUUGAACAUCCAUCUCAAGGGCGAGGCAUUAGCGAAAGAUGUCGACGUCACAGAGUUGUCCGAGUUGACCCCGCUGUACAGCGGCAGCGACCUGAAGAACUUGGCUGUGGCAGCUGCGCUGGCGUGCGUGAGGGAAGAGAACGAACAAGCAGCAAUCGCAAUGGCGAAGUCCAUGUCCGAGUCCACCUCGGAACCAAGCACCGACGCUAGCCCCGAACCACCAUCCUCGGACUCCGACCGCCCUCCCCAACUCGUGCCUGGACUGAAGUACCAUUUCCCCGAAAAGCGCAUCCUGCACAAACGGCACUUCGAGAAGGCGAUGCAGGAGAUUAGCGCGAGCAUCUCGGAGGAUAUGUCGAGUCUAGGCGCGAUCAAGAAGUUUGACGAGCAGUUUGGGGAUCGUAGGGGCAGGAAGAAAAAGAAGAGUGCGUAUGGGUUUGGGAUGGAGAGGGGGGCGGACGAGGGGGCGGCGAGGGUGAGGAGGGAUUAG